GCAUCAAGUCAUAUCUCUCCAGCAGCUGGAAGGAGCUGGGAGGUAGUAGCGAGUGACAGUCGUUCUGGUGCGGACCUGUAGUAUGAGUUCCAACGUUACCUCGUACAGUGCAGUGUGAUACCAUGGCGCUCCUCAUUCUCCGCGUGUCCACCGCAAGAGGAAUCGCUUCUACUGACUGAUUAUUGUGCAAAGUGAUAAUUUACACAGAUAACUGCCCACCAAUUUAACACUGAAACAGUUCUGAAGUCAACUUAUUUCUUUCUUUUUUCUUUCACUUACAAGAAGCAAAGUGAUAUUGAAGAUACUUUGCCAGGACUCUGAUAGUAUUGUUAUUAUAGUCUCCUGACACCCGAUGCAGCAUAUUAACUUCGUUUAAAGCCAGAGAAUUCAAGAGACAUAAACUAAAGAUAUUAUCAUAGCGCAGACAAACCAAGAAUCGUGUUCCUAAACUCACCCCGCCGAAAAAAUAAUAGCCACUCUCAAAACCAAAAUAUCGAAUUUCGCCAACAAUGGCAUUAAUGAAUUUCAGUGUGCCAUACACACACAGUGCCUCACCUACGGGUCCAUAUUUAGCCGCGUCAGCAUCUGCAAGUGCUAUCAGCGGUUUGAAUUCUGCAGCUGUCAACUCAUUAGUAUACAGCCAGUCUGUGCACCACCAACAAAGAGCAUCAGAACAAGCUUACAGAAACAACGUUCCUCCCCCACCUUCAGCACCAAACAGAAGAACGACGACAGCUCCUAGAAGACCAAGCAAAGAUCCUUAUAGCAACCGACAUCCACCCAUACAAGAGCAGCAGCCACAACAGAGGUCCCCAAGAUAUUUCAGUGACGAUAACUACAGAAGUGACAAUGCAGCUAGAUCAUCACAACAGUCAUCCUCCUCCUCAACAAAGAACGAUGAAUAUCCUUCACGGCCAUCAGGAUACACGAGAAUAGAGGGUAGCGAGUACAGCAAUCAGCCUGGGACGAAGACAUCUCUCCACGCUGUUCUUGAUUAUGAUGACGAUUUUGAUGACUACACCUACGAGGAUGACGACGUAGGAAAUAUACCAUCGUCUUACCAACAUGCACAUUAUCCUGCUGUGACACCAAUACAAGGACCAAUCUUCAUUAAGAAUGGAAGUGUUCCGGUGGUACCGCUGUACUCAUAUCCGGUCCUCAACAAUGGAACAUUCGUCCAGAUACCAAUAUUAUGGACAGCAUUGUCCCUAGCACUGGGUUUGGAGAUACGAGGAGAGAUCAUCCGAGGUGUUCCUUGCAUCAAACGCUUUCACCAACUAUUCUGUCCCACCGCCGGUAACAGUUACCCUAUNGGCGGCGGCGGGGGCGGUGGUGGUGGUGGUGGUGGCGGCGGCGUCGGCGGUAGUGAUGGUGCUCAAGAUACCAAGAGAAAGUCCGUCCUUCCAGGGGUGCCUGACAUACACGCUGUCCCUGGACCGGACCCCAUAGCCGAAACCGACCGAAAUGGAGGGGAAUCUUUCUUUUCAAAACUGAGACAUACAAGACAAUCUUUCCGGAAUAACCAAUCAAGCGAGAGCGGGCGAGUGGAUGCUUGUGAAUCCAAAGUGGAGAUAGUAACACCAUACUGGGCUUCAAACAGUGCUGGGAAGAUUCGAGCUAUUGUCAACACACAACAUUUUGAGCAGGCCAUCCACCAAGAAGUUUGUUCGAGCAAGUUGCAGACAAAGAGGUGUUCAGGAGACUGUGGCUGUGAACAGAAGUACAAGUGGCAUCGUUUGCUGGCCUACGACCCUGAUAAUGACUGUAAAGGAAUUUUCAUGGACUGGUUUCUUUUCCCAUCUUGCUGUGUAUGCCGAUGUGCACCCAUUUUUGGAAACAAAUGACAAAGAGAUUAAUGCUCCAUCAUAUCACAGAAAUAUCAUGAAUGAAACGGUAGAGCAGUAUUUAUAUGUGGGACACUCAGACAUGUCAACUUUCAGUUUACCACUAAUAUAUUACCAGUCUUGAAGUAUGCAAGUUAAAAUGGAUAUACUGAAUAAUUACCUAUGAUUAUUGAUAUUACAACAAAAGAGGUGUGUUAAUAUGUUUCUAUAAAAUAAGUGUAAAUUCCACGUUCUAAUUUUUGUAGAAAACUAUACAUCUGAGCAAAGCCAGUGAAAAAUAUUAUUCCACCCAAGCAAAUAAUAUUUUUGCAACUUUCUUAUCUCAGAAAUGGAGAGUCGAUAUUAACGCAAGGCUUUAUCCUAAAAUGUGCCACUCAAGUGUCCUUAUGGAAUGCUUUUACUUUUGCUUUGGCCCUGCAUCUGAGUAAUGAAUGGGAGAAACUUUAUAAAAUGGACUAAGAUGAGUUGAAACAUUAUAUCCCAAGCAUCAAUGUUUUCAGAUUUUCCAUGAUCAUCAUUAUUCAUUCUACAGCUGAUUAUCCACUGUUUACAUGUUACAUCACUGACUUAAUAACUGAAGCAAUGUCUUCAUAUAUGCACGAUCUAAAUUUUACUGACACGGUUAUCUUAACAGAGUACAAUUUGUGUUUGCACAAAUUACUGUAACUCUGUAACAUCAGAAUUCCUUACAUUUAUAAUUGUAAGCCCUAUAGAAUUCAAUAUUACAGUUCAGGAAAUGAUAGUAGAGAUUUGAAUUUAUGGAUAAAAUUAUCAUCACAUAUAUAACAACUAAGUUCGUUAAGUAUCACCCGUUAAUAUUAUUUUUGUGGAAAUAUUUUAUCAAUUCUAAGUCUGUACAUAGUGGCUUCUAUUUUUUCAAAGUCUGGAUGAGGUCUUGAAAGUUAACACAGAUUGGUGCUUUGAAAUGUACAUAUAUUAUUCAGAUACAGGUUUCAUAUUUAUAAUUAUAAGCUUAUAAACUUCUCAAACUGAACUUCGAUAAUCCUUCAGUAUCAAAUACUGAAUGGGAGUAAAUAAUAUAUGAUGAGUCAUAUGAUUUAAUUGUAAAAUUACGUAGAUUUCUACCCUAUAGCAUGUACAUUUCUGUGGUCUGUUUGCAUUCUUCCCAUGAUAAGAUUGCAUUAUAUCAGUAAUUGUAAAACUGUAGUUUGAAUUUUGAAUGAUCCAGAAGACCAAUAAACGUGAUUCCUAAAAUAGAAACAUAUUAACAGACAGCUCAAUUCAGAUAAAGUGACAAAUAUUUUUGUUUUUAUUGUGUGUAUAUUGCUGAGUGAACAGUUUUCUGCAAAAGUGAAUAAAGAAUAAGUUGCAAACUAUUGCAAUUAUAUUCUAGGUGUUCAAAAACUUUGUUAUCUUAACUGAAGUUUUCAAAGUUAUUAUUAGAUGUGUGUGGUUUCUUAUUUGGAUCUAAAUAUUUCAAUGGUGUUUAUUUCAGCAUCAACAUGUUUUUUUUACUUUUGCAGUAAUUAUGAAGAGGUUGCAGAUUUUACCACAUUUCAUUGAUAUACAUUAUAAAAAUAUUUUGUUAAUGAUAAUUAAAUGAAAGCAUCCUCAAAUUU